AGCCAGGUACAGCCGUUCACAAAUUGAUGAAGCAGCUGGUGGUACACGACGACGAUGCACGAGCUACCAGGGAUUUCCAGCAAGGAAAAAUGGCAGCCAUAGCAAACACUUACAGCCUAUGGACUAUAACAACGCGAAGCUGUGACUAUUACAUCGCGGAUACACUCUUCACCACCUCCACUUCCUCCUUCAGUUUGGCUUUCCCAAAGGGUUCUAAGUUAAAGCCCAUAGUUGAUUCCAUCCUGUAUCGUCUGAUGGAGGGCGGCAUUACAGAUCACCUAUUGCAAUCAAACUUUCAUGAGGCCAAAAAAUGUUAUAAGAAGCUUUCCAUUACCUCCAACGCCAGCCUUAGGUCCCUGGAGCUUGGAGAUUUCUACGGAAUUUUCUCUCUCUUUGGAGGAGGUGUGUUUGCAUCAGUUGUCAUCUUCCUGAUGGAGUUAUGCUUCCACAAACUUUGCUUGUUAGGAUUUUUCUCAACUUUGUCCACUCAACACCCUUUGUAUAAUUAGCAUCGCCUAAAUUACUAUUACAUAAGAUCCCCUUGGUAAUUAUCUAGAGUCCUUUCCCAACCUUAUUACUGGUCUACUCUCUUCCAUUCUUUCGCAUACACCUUUAGAUACACCUAAAACAUAAAUGUGAAGUUGGGGAGAAGUAUCCCCUUCCC